AGUACAGUCUCCAGGGAGAGGCAAGAGAGGAGGGUCCAAGAUCAACGUCGGACGAGACUCUCGGCACUUCCUUACCUGUUGAUAAAGGUUCCUAGACAUCUGAGAUGGCAGUCAAACUGCUGCUGACUGUGGGGCUGGUGUUUCUGAUCGGACGCUCGGCGACAACUGAAGUACUUACAGACGACACCCUGUCCCCAGCAGAGGUGCCGCAGCAAGCGCGGGACAGCGCCGGGGACCUGACCGAUAACGAAGUGCUGCACUUGGUGGAGACUCUCAAAAAUGUGAUCGAGGAAGAGGACAGAGCUGCAGAAGGGGGUGCUUCAGUGGAUGAACCCGAUGCCGACCCUCCAGUAGAAGAAAUGAAGCAAUACGGGAAUGAAGUGGAGCUGGGGACAGAUGGUCUGAUUGAAGAAGAAGAAAGAGAAAUGUCGCAAGAGCUUGAAGGGGAGACUUCAGUUGGUGUUGAAGAAGCAGUGGAGGAAGUUCGCCAUGUUUCUGGUGGCGGCCUAAGGCAAGCACGAGUCUGUGAACACCAGACACUGACCAUCAGUUGUCCUGCUGGACGACAGAUCCGCGUCGUGUCCGCCCUGUACGGCCGGACCUCCCGUGCCUUUUGCCCCCACAGCCAAAUCCGCACCACCAGCUGCCAAAGCACCAACAGCCUGACCCUGGUCAGGACCAGCUGCCAGGGGAGGUCCUCCUGCUCUGUGAGGGCCUCCAACAGCGUGUUCGGGGACCCCUGUCGUGGCACCUUCAAGUACCUGGAAGUCAGGUACACCUGCACUGGACGCCCGACGACUGCGUGUGCCGGCUGGACCCGCUGGUAUGACCGUGACAACCCGUCUGCCACCGGAGACUGGGAGGUGCUGUCCCACCUCCGUCAGGAGAACCCCGGGCAGAUCUGCGCCGCGCCCUCGGGCAUCCAGGCCCGCGUCAAAGGGGCCAACACCCCCGCCUCGCAAACUGGGCGGCAGUUCUUCAAGUUCAACCCACAAGUCGGGUUCGUCUGCAGGAACAACGACAAUGGCCGCAACCGCUGUCUGGACUACGAAGUGCGCUUCUGGUGCCCAUAGUCAUAGCGGGCAAAUACUGCACCACUUUGGUAGCCUGGUGUCCUGUCUAUUGUCCAGUCUAUUGCGUGGUUGGGACGGGCUCUCUUCGGGGCUCUAUGCCAAUUCAGAUAUGAUGCUUACUAGUACAGAGCUUAUGCUAAUCACUAGACAGGCUUGAACUAUGAAAUAAAUGCGUUUUAUGCAGAAAGAA